AUGUGGCACGCUGCCUUUCAGGCAAGCAUCGAGGGACAUCCAGGUGACAUUGGUGCUGGGAUCCCAGACAACGGUGUAAGACCCCUUGCUGCAGCACCACACUGGCGGUCUUUGCUGGGGCGGGUGGCGGCGGCCCUCCCACCACCAGCGGCGGUCUGCAUCCUCCACCCAUGCAUGGUUUGUUUGCUGGUGUCGGUGGCGGGGGUCCGGCUGGUUCACCGGGUCUCCCCUAUGGACUUUGGCAGCAUCAGGCCCACUCGCUGUCGCCCGAUGGCAAUUCUGAAGCAGUGUGCAGCUGCAUGUAAUGCCUAUUCGCAGCAGUCCUGCGGCGGCGUCCGUCUUGGGUGCGAACAUUUUUUGCCUUGCAGUACCUGCGACCGCUGA